AUCUCGCGAGAUCUCGCCUGGCGCGCCAGCCGCGCAGCACCCGAGGGCGAUGGCCAUUGGCGAGAGGAGGGCGAAGGAGCCGGGAGCCGCGCAGCUGGACGCACCGAGCCGGGACUACUGACACAGACACCACCACUGCCACCCCGGGGACACAAUGCGGGCAGGAGAGACGGGCAGCGGCCAGGGCAGCGGCCAGGGCAGCCUGAGGGAGCUGGAGACGCUGGUGAGCGCGCGGAUCAAGAGCAGCCCGUGGCUGGACCGGCACGGCUGGGACUGGCUGCAUCUGUCGCUGGGGUUCGCCUGUCUCCCCGCAGGCCUCGUGCUGGUGUCGCUGGACAGCUCGGCGGCGCUGCUGCUGGGCUGCGGGUGCUUGGCGGUGACGCACGCGCUCUUCACGGUGAAGGCCACGCACCUCGCCAGCCACAACUCCCUCGCCGACUCGCGCCUCUGGAGCCGCGUGUGGUGCCUCUUCUUCAUCGAGGUGUGCGGCUGCUUCCCAGCGGACGUGGCGGUGGAGGAGCACGUGAAGGUGCACCACGCCUACACCAACGUGCUGGGCCUGGGCGACUCCUCCACGUGGCGUGUCCCCUUCCUGCCGCGCUUUGUCUACCUGUUCCUCGCGCCGCUCGCCCUGCCUUUCAUCACGCCGGCCGUGACGCUGGGGCUGCUGCUGAAGCGGCCGGCUUCUUCGUGGGGCUCGUCAGUGCGGACGCUGGCGCUGUGCGCGCUGGGGCUGGGCGCUCACUUCUGCUGGCUGCGCUUUGCGUGCGGCUUCAGCUCGGCGGCCACGGCGGCAGCGUGCAUGUACACGAGCCGGGCGGCCUUCGCCAUCCCCUACAUCCACGUCAACGUCUUCCAGCACCUGGGGCUGGCGAUGUUCGCUCGCGACAGCUGCCCGCGCCGGCUUGUGCAGAUGGCGCACGGCGUGCUGAACCUGCACCCUGUGCCCGUGCUGGACGUGUGCUUCGGGCACUCGCUCAUCAGCUGCCACGUGGAGCAUCACCUCUUCCCCACGCUCUCCGACCACAUGUGCCUGCAGAUUAAACCGCUCGUGUCCUCGUACCUCAAGAGCUGUGGGCAGCCUUACCAGGAGGCCUCCUACUCCAACCGCCUGCGCCUCUUUGUGGACAAGUACGACGAAUUCUUGGUUCACCUGCCGCCCAUCACCGACCUGGCCGGCCUGCAGUGAGUGCCGGCGGGGGGAUCGGGGGUGGGGAGGGCGGAGGCAGGGGGGCCCGGCCCGCCGCCUCCGCUCUGUGCGGCCUCGAGCCGUGGUGCUGACUCCAUGCGUGAGAUGUAGGCGGCCUGGCCGGGUGGGGCAGCGGGUACCGCCUCAGACACACGUCGCGUCCGCACCGCCAACAUCCUGGAUUUGGAGUCUGGGUUUCAGCCACCCGCGAUUUAAACUGGGUUCUUUACAACCAAAACUAAACAAAACAAAAUCAUACAUUUUUUUUAAAUUCCCAAACGUAUUCCCUAGCGGUGUCAUGUCAUGAGACAAAUAAUCCAUUUGGCAUCACUCGCAGAGCACGGCGGCCCUUUGUGUUAGAGAACAGCCCGCAGAAGUGGAGCAACCUCUAAGGUCCCUGCUUCGAGUGACCUCUGAUCCCCACAGUAGAGGCCAUCGCUUCCCCACCCGCCCCUGCCACACAAAGCAAUGUUUGUAGUGUCACAGACAAACCGACAUUUUCCAUUCUCCGAGUUGGACUUUAGUCAAAAUUUAGUUUUCUGCUGUAACUGGUGACUGGACUCAGACCAUCAGCUCGCUACCCUUGAGAACCCAGUGUCAUGAAUCCUGGAUUCGAACCCAAGAUUCUCAGUGGUGCCAACUCAGCUCUCUAACCUCUGAGCCACAGAUACAUGGAAUCUGAAGUGGAGUGAGUAUAUGGUCUAGUACCAAUCCCCAAUUAUAGCACAACAACCUAUAACAGUACAUUUUGUUUGUCAUGUAAUGUGUCUUACUCUAGCUCUGAGAAUCAAAAACCGUGGUUUUAGUAACACAACAAAUGCUUGUUUGCACAGGUUGUAAGACAUGUGGCCCUAUUGUCGAUAAGAGGAUACUGCAGUCGGCUCAGAAGUAGUACUUUGACAUAAUCUUCUGUGGCCAUUCUUUGAUGCGAGGUGUAGUUGCACUCUACGGAUGUAAAGACUCACCCGUAGGGUAUAGUGAGUUGAUGAGUUCCCACUAUUCAGAAGAAUUAAAAGCCUCUAAUAUCUGUCCCUCUACAUAAAUAUAUAUCCCCCAACAGGCACACAGCAUUCUGGAAGUAUUUUUUUUCACUAGCAUUGGUUUCGUGCAAGCAAACUCUGCAUUCAACAGUCAAUGUCUGGAAUCAGCAGUCAGGCUUGCUCUUAGAUCAACGCUGGUGAAUUGACAGAUAUUUAUAGGCAAGAACCCUCUCUCUCUUAGCAUUGCCAUUGGUCGUUGCCUUUGUAGGGUUCAUGUGAAAACCAUCAUGUGCCACGUGCAGGAAUCAAAACGCCUUGAUUCUUACGUGAAUAGACGCAUACAUCGUCAAUUUGAGGAUCGGUAUUAAUCAUCGAAUUGUCAUGCUCCUUUUAUAUCGCUCUCCGUUCCAGUUAGUACACCUCAUGACAUGGCCUGUAAAGGAUAUCCAAAUUAAGUGACAAACCAAUUGUCAAGUUUCGGAUUUUUUUUACGUGUAGCCAUUGGUGAACAGGCCAGGACCACCAACGCGCUGGCACUUGACGUUACGCUCUAAUCGCGGGCGGCUUAAACCCGGGAUCGAACCCAGGUUCUCAGCGGUGAGAUCCAUGUCUCCAUGUUCCGACGCAGCCAUUGAGACCCCCCCCCCCAACUCACCUAGACACCUCCCUAACACGCACAUCUAAUGCAUACGCUCUAUGACCUUCGUUGGGAUAAUUUAUCUUGUAAGCGGAAACUAAGUCUAAUGAUGGACUGGCUUUAAGCAUUGUCUACAGUAUUUUUCAGUAGUUACAGACCGAAUUGUCAAUCCACUGCUGGAUGAGGGCAGGGCCACACCGUGCGAAUCGUGGGGGAUAUUUGACCACAACGUCACCACGCUGGUCAGGUCAGGCCGAUGAGUUUGGGGAGCACGGAAGGAUAGAAGUACAGCACAACAAUGAUUUUUUUCCCGGCACUCCCUUGUGCUGCCCAAGUGUGUGGCCCCGCAGGCGAUAUCCCAAAAAUAGUUUCUGUUCGGAAUAACUCCCUACGGAGCAGCUUGACGAAGCACGCUCAAAAUAACUCCCACAACAGACACGGGCGUGGAGAGGCCUUCAUCCAGCAGUGGAUUGACUACGGGCUGUGAAUCGCUCUCCGACCAAUCUCCAGUAUUUCUCUCAUCUCCUGCGAGAUGCACCCCAUGUGUGUGCCCCCAAUGCGACCUCGCAAAGCAGAGCAAUCAUUCGCUGGAGCCCAGAUGUGCAAUGAGGAUGAGGGAUUUGCAUGCACAGGGCACUUGCUUCAAUGCCGUAACAUCUCAAAGCGCUUUACAUAACAUCUCAGUGUUGGCCAUCCCUACUCUCGAGGCCCUCGACGUAGGUGCGGUCUACCACUGAGAGGGCAGUGGUACCAUGUUGCUUUUCCCAAUUAAGUAAUUUGCAGGUAAUUAUUUUAUUUUAACACUCCAAAUUCUGACUAACGACAGCCCACACAUGGCCUUCUCAUUUUCGAAGAUUAUUGCGGGAACCUUGAACGCCCACUUUGAAGCCAAUGGCACUGCAGUCCUUUUGGUUAAUGAGCCCGCAGUGUUAACCAGGGCGACCGCUGGGUUCAAGCCAUGAACCUUGGCCAUGUCACAGCAGACACAACCCACAACACCCCCCUAAAUCUGCUGGUUGUCUGCCCACCUAGGCCUUGUGGCCUGGACGAUCCGACACCAGGUAGAAGCUUCAUUAAUUGGAGGAAAUAUUUCAAAUUGUCUUUCUCCUGUGCUAUAGUUUUCCAUCUGCUGCUGCUACGUAGUAUGAACAAGUACGAGAGUGGCACCACGGUGACAUCACCGUAGGCCUUGGUAGUCACUCGACACUACAUUUUUCUAAAAAGCGAAGCUUCAAACCGACAUGGGACAGCCACUAAGUGUGUCGCUGCACGAUAGCGGCUGUACGUUCUGUUGGGGUUUUUUAAACAAUUGGCUUUCCUCGUGCUGCUGUCAUUUACCAUCGUUGCAACUCAUGGCCUUGUUCUGCUGGUACAUCUGAGCCAACCCAGCGUGGGGUACCGGUGGUUUUUCUACUGGGGCUAUUGGCCAUGGCAAGCCAGAACCAAACCGUGCUGCACUUGGUGUCCUCGCAAGAAGACGUCUGAAUCUGGCUCAAGGCCAAGCAGGGCCCAGGGGUGAUGCUGACGUUGCAUUCAUUUUGCGUGACGUGGGCGAGUACUCCAUGAGGAAACGACGUCACCACGUCACCUCGGAGCGCCUCGACUCUCCGCACGUGACGUCAGUGGCACCGCUCGGCUUCUCCCGAGCCCCACGCCGCUCUGACUCAGCACAAAUGUGCAGUGGAAAAGAGCGAUCGGUUCGUCGAGCAAGUACUCUCCAGCCGCACUCUUCGCUUGGGCUCAGAAUGUAUUUUUUGUUAUUGUCACAACUUGUGUUGAAAUGCAAGUCCCGCCUGCAUUUGCUUUGCUCUGAAGUACAUCUUGCAUUGCACACUGGGUGUUCGUUAGAUUGCAUGUGGACACGGGAUGCAGUGUGCCACAUGAGGGCGUUUGGAUGAGUGUAAGCUAGCUAGGGCACUUUACUGUGAUUGUAACGGUGUUUUUUUUAUUUUAAAUGUGAAAUUGUUUCCCUAACCCUGAUGCCACUCCGCAGCCCUUAAACCAGGAGGUGCAACGAGUCGCAAUUCAAGGUCACGAUUCAAUUCAAUAAUUAAUUAUUCAUAAUUGAUUUGAUUUGGUCAGAUCAAAUGAGUAAAAUGUGUGUCGUUCCACCCUCCACCCGACACAGCCAAUUCAUAGAGUUGAUGACGUGAUAAACAGACGUGCCAAUUGAUAAUUACUGCUUUAGCCUAGGGUGUAUCCGGAAAUGUAUUCUGCACCCUGGCACACCACAUCCAUUACACCUAUGGAUGUGGCUGUGGUUGCUACCACGCGAGCACCGUAUUCCAGCAGAACGGUGUGCCGCUGCUGCUGCUGGAGAGGAAUGCACACACGUUCAGCACGUGGGUACGUGGGUUUACAAUGCGCAUUUCACUCACGUAAUCUGACCCAGAAUAUAUUGUGAAUCUUAGUAUCAGUAGCAAAAGCUCAAAUGUUAUAUUAAAUUAUCACUUAUUAUUUUUGUAGUGAUUAAUUUAGCGGCCCCUAGUGGCUGCGAGGAUCACGUGAAUCCCAUUACAUUGUAUGGACCGAAAAAAAAACAUCAAAGUUUACGAGCACGAUCUGAUGGAUCUGAAUCGAUGGCUGGAUGCCUCCGUUACACCUCCACUAAGGAAGGGCCCUAACCCCUAAACCCAGCCCUGACACUAACACUGAUACAAACCUUGACACUUUAGAUAUCCCUAACACUACCAGAUGAAGCGCCCAUUACCAAUCCAUAGGCACUACUGAAGGAAUGGGCUCGCUAAGCACGGCCAGUUUGAGCUGCUAAUGCAAGCACUCCACACUAAACAGUGCUGACCAUUAACCUAACACUAACCAUAAACUCAAAUAAUAACUAACCAUUAAGAGUGAUGUAACUAUCCCUCACAAAAUGUAAAUUUUGCAUUCCUGUAAUACUUAUAAUAGCCCAUAAAACACUGCUGGCUAACAUGAGUUUCGAGAAAUACCCCCUUUAAUCAACCCUCAUUGACCAGCGUGGUAAAGUCAGUGGUCGAACAACCACCAUGACCGGCAUGGUGUGCGUAGGUCUUCAUCCAGCAGUUCAUUAAAACAUUGUUAUAACAAGUAAAACAAUAAUCAAGACGUGAAACCAGUUGCCUAACACGAACAUGGAAGUUGGGAGAUGGCGAUAUUGCCACUCGCAAUGUCAGCAACUUGUCACGGUUCAUUGCAUUGCUGCCAUGCAGGGCCACGCAUGCAAUUCAAGAAUCUAUGCUUUCUUUUUACACUGUGGUGAACCUAGCGCUCUCUGGUGGCCAGAAAGGGUCACGUAAACCUAUUACAUACACCAUAUACGAAUAUAAUAACAUUGCUUUUUAUACAUGUGUAGUGUCAAUGAUUCAGAGACAGAGUUUAUAGGAGGCACUUUAUUAACAAAUUUCACGGUCUCGUCCGCACUCUCCACAGUAGCUCAGCCUAGCCUGUACACAACACUAGCCGUCUAACACUGACGGCGCUGACUGAGAUAGCCAACUACUCUCCUUCAUAGCGCAACAUCUAGCGGAGACGUUUAGUGAUGUGACGACAGCAACGACGAGACGAGUCCACUCCCAGAACCGGCAGCCUCAAGCUCCCGCUCUCGGCUCCUUUUAUGCCCCCAGCGCGUCCUGGCUCCGCCCUGACCGCGCCUCCCUUCUCAACCCCCUAGCAGGUUCCAGGGGCCUCCAGAUGGGGUCCUCCGUGACCCUUAUCCUGGUUCCAACCCUCUGCCCACACACCGUGCACACCCUCACCGGCGUGUGUGCUGUCUGUCCACCACAGUUGCCGCUGCUGUCCACCAGCCGGCGCUAUUGCACUACACAUGUGAUUCAAUGCAUGUAUCGUCGUAAGAUUUAGAAUGUAUUACUAACUGAUGUGUUGAUGCGUCGUUACGCCACUGGUGAACAUGUGAAUGCUAAUCCCAACCUCGCACACCAUUCUUUAUGAUGAUGUGUAACUCUGACUUUAAUCUAUAACACUAAUACAAUUAUAAGAAGAUAUGAACGAAAUAACUCAUGGGAGUUGUUAAUUGGCCUUGAUAAACAAAUAUUAACUUGUCAACCUGCAUUUAAGUACCCCCUAGCCAACAUGGGAAAAAGGCAAUUACAGAAAAAUCCUUCCCAUCAUGCAAUGUGCCAAUAAAAUCUUAUAAUUUUACUUGAA